CGACGCUUGUUUGUUUGAAGUGUGGAACGAUCCAUCGCGCAGCGCCGGGCUCGAUUGACACUGUCUGCUGAUCUGCUGCUGCGGAUUGCUCCGAAUAACAAGGCUGCUCGCUAAUUCCCGUCGAUCGGGGCUUUCGGCGAAACACCGAGGAGAGUCUAAAAAAAAAAAAACAACCUAAACUGGGCAGGCAAGAACGCCGCCCCACGGUUGUCCGCACCCCAGAAUGGCUUCAGGAGACCUUUACGAGGUGGAGCGGAUUGUGGACAAGAGGCGGAACAAAAAGGGUAAGUGGGAGUACCUGAUCAGAUGGAAAGGUUAUGGAAGUAAAGAGGACACCUGGGAACCAGCGUACCACCUGCUGCACUGUGAGGAAUUCAUUGACCAGUUCAACAGCUCAAAACAACAUUCACACAAACGACCUAAAGUCCAAAAACAUCACGGGGAGCCUCUCAGUGUCAACCAACCUUCUGUGACAGAAGACUCUAGGCCUCGAUCUGAGGCCCGAAAGAAGAAAAGGACUAGUGGCCCACCUGUGGGGGUGAGAGUAGGAUCUGUUUUAGGGAUUGGAGGGUCAAUGCAUACACAGAAACAAAAGAAAGUGGGUGUUGGAGCUGGGAAACAUGUUUUAGGGGACAGACUGAGCAAAACUAUGACUUAUAAGGCUCAUCCAGCAAGUGGACCUCACUUUGUUCCCCCAUUGAGGGUUCCUCAUAACGGACUCCAGAAUGGAGAGAUGGAGCCUGUCAUAUACAGCGCAGCAGCAAGGUCACCUAGACUGCCUUCAGAUAGAGUGGAAGCAGAAGUAGGACACAAAGAGACCACUGGACCACAGUUCACCCCUGAACUAGGCUCCCCGCUAGCCAAUGGCAAGAUGCAUCUUCACAGCUCGGUAAAGAGGAAGCUGGCUGAGGAGAAGUGCUAUGUGUUUGACAAGCGGCUCAGGUACAACGUGCGACAGAACGAGAGCAACUGUCGAUUCAGAGACAUCGUGGUCCGAAAGGAAGAGGGCUUUACGCACGUCCUGCUUUCCAGCCAAACCACAGACAACAACGCUCUCACACCAGAGAUCAUGAAGGAAGUUUGUCGAGCUUUGGGUAAUGCAGCUGCAGAUGAUAGCAAGUUAUUACUGCUCAGCUCUGUGGGGACUGUUUUCUGCAGUGGUCUGGAGCCGUCCUACCUUAUAGGCCGUCUGUCCACUGACCGCAGAAAAGAAAGCAGCCGCAUCGCGGAUGUUGUACGGGACUUUGUGUUGGCAUUUAUACACUUUAAGAAACCCAUCGUGGUGGCAAUAAAUGGGCCUGCCCUGGGUUUGGGAGCUUCGAUCCUCCCGCUGUGUGAUGUCGUUUGGGCGAGUGAGAAGGCUUGGUUCCAAACGCCAUGUGCAGCACUCCACCUCACCCCCUCUGGAUGCUCCUCUUACACCUUCCCACAGAUCCUGGGGGUAGCUCUGGCCAAUGAGAUGCUCUUCUGUGGACGAAAACUAACAGCGCAAGAAGCAUGCAGUCGAGGUCUGGUGUCACAGAUCUUCUGGCCAACUACAUUUAACCAAGAGGUGAUGCUGCGUGUGAAGGAAAUGGCAUCCUGCAGUGCAGUGGUUUUAGAAGAGUCCAAAUGCUUGGUGAGGAGCAUCCUCAUACCAGUUCUAGAAGAUGUGAAUCAGAAGGAGUGUCAGAUGCUGAAGCAGCUGUGGUGUUCAACCAAAGGACUGGAGGCACUCUUCAGUUAUUUGCAGAAUAAGACCCAUGAAAAGUAACAAUCCAGGCCCGGGAAGGUGAAUGAUCAUCUGAGGCCUCCUGCAGAGGACCGUCCAAUCAGUGCUGUGAUUCAAUCACUGAGGGCCUCUGUUUUAAUGCCAGUUGGGAAGAUUCUCUGAAAUUCUAUCUGAUUACGGCUACAAAAACAAAACAGUUUAUUUACCAACCUUUUAUUUUUUGUUGUAACAA